GAAAGUUAUGUCUCGCUACCCUUUCAACGCCGCAGAUGCGGAUGUGAUCUUACGCUCUUGUGACUCGAGAGUCUUUCGCGUCCACAAGUUGAUGCUAUCGUACGCAUCGCCUGUGUUUCGGGAUAUGUUCGAACUCGGACAGACUCUAGCACUCACGACGAUUAUGAGUCACUACCUGUGAUAGGUACCACUGAAACGGAGUCCGUGCUCUACCAGCUCUUACAUCACUGCUACCCUAUACCUCACAAUCCCCCAAACGAACUUUCCGAUCUCGCACCCAUCUUGAGUGCCGCCGUGAAAUACGAUAUGCAGGGUGUAAUCGCAAUGCUCAAAUACCCCCUGCGGCCUCUACGCAAAAAUCAGCCUUUACAGGUUUUCGCGAUCGCCUGUCGUUUUGGUUUUGAAGAAUUGGCUCGCGAAGCGGCCUCCAUUUGGAGAACUCAAGUCGCUCCUCGCGGCUCUGUAAACCAGCAUCCAUCCGUCGAGUGGCCAGCAACGACAUUGGGCGUCAGCUACGUUGACGAAAUGGCACCAAUGCGUGCUGGAUCGUAUCUUCGCUUCCUCAAGUUCCUUCGCGAUGGCCGCUCUAUAAAGGGCAUAUAUUUUCCUAGUGCGGACAUAGUAGUUCGUUCCUGUCAAGAGGAUGGUGUCCGGUUCAAGGUACACCAAUUGAUCUUGUCGCUUUCAUCUCCUCUGCUGGAGAAAGAGAUUUCUGGUCUCGACCGGAAGUCUGGAGAUUUACCGGUGCUCUUCCUUCCAGAGAAGAGCAGUAUCCUGAAUAUCAUUAUCGGAUCUUGUUAUCCUUCUGUUGUGUCGGAUUUGACAGACAUGAGCAUUCACGAUAUCUCGGCCCUUAUUACCUCUGCAGCCAAAUACCAAUUGAAAACCGUACUGGCCUGCUGCAGACGUCAAACGCAGAAAAUGACAGUCGCUGAUCCUUUCCAUGCCUACUCUAUUGCCGUUCAGCAUGGCUGGCGGGAAGAAGCACGAUAUGCUGCCAUCCGUAUUGCCCGCCUUCAACAAGAGGAAAACUAUUCAUCAACCAUGGAAUGCCUGGACACGAGAUUCUACUAUCCAUUGCUGAAAUUCUGCCAUCAAUACCGCAAGAUACUGUCUUAUCUUGCGGCGGAUCACGAGCCCACUUAUUGGAGCCAGGCCAACUGGCUGUGGGAUGACGACGAUGAUGCAAAAGACUUGGCAUGGGUAAUGACGAUACAAGCGGCGAAAUCGACCGUCAGAUGCUUAGGCAAUAGUAGUUACAGGGGGACAUCAGCUAGGGAGGCAAUAGAUAUCUUGCAGUCUUUGAAAGAUAACAUACGUUCUGCCUUGAUACAGCUGCAAUUGGAGGUACCCUGGGCUGAGGAUCCGACCGCGGUGAUACCUGAGUAGUGAAUGUUCCAACCCAACCCAACCCCACAACUCCCCCUUUCAACGAACGCACGGUAAAUGAAACUUGUUGACGCAUGGGUAGCGGAUGGCAAAUCAUAGCAAGACAAUUGAUAGUGAUCCAAAAAAGCAUGCUAACGAUAGAACGACGAACGACUUCAAACGAUCAUCUAAUGUCCUUAAUGCCUAAGAACAACAACCCUCUCUUCGCCCUCACAACUUCUUCCUCCAACGCCCUUGCGUCUGCCGUCGACCAAUACUUCUCUCUCGGGAUCUCAUCCAAACUCCUACCCAUUCUCACUGCAGUCUCAAACGCACUCUUCCGUGCAUUCAGUUCUGCCAUCUUUCUCGGAUCUGAAUGUCCCGAGAAAAUAACGACCGCAGUGCGAGAAGGGAGAGCGGAGUAGAGUUCGGUGAGUUGGGUAUUGAGGUUGGUUAAGACUUCUUCAACGUCUGCAGGCGAUCGUUCCGUUGGGGUGCUUUCAGGUUGAGGUUCAUUUGAUGAACGGUUUACGAUCCCUGAUAGGGGAUAAAGAUUAGCAUACCAGUCAACAACGGGAUUAAAUGAUCAC